AUGCUGCCUGACCCGCCGAGUUUCUGUUUUUGUGUCACGUUUCCGACAAGCACUUAAAACUUUUACUGAAAAUGUUGGUGUUGGGAGGAAGUUAAACACAAAUCACAACAGCUCUGCAAAAUUCCGGCGUGACAUCCCUGAAACACUCAUCAAGUUAUACCAAGGAUGACUCACGGUUCACGCAUCCAAUCUCUUUGUCGGCGAAACUGGACAAAUAGAAUCGCGGGGUAAAAAACCAGUAUACGAACACACAGGCUCAUGUGAUCCGCUGAGUCACUGUACACACCUGAUAUUGAACCGAAACUGACGAGGAUCGACACUGGGGGGGGGAAAAAACUCGCUGGAGGAGGGAGUUAAUUAUUACUAACCAGCGUAUGCUAUAGUCUCCGAAGGGACCUUUCUCUGUAAAGGAGAACAUUUCCGGGAUCACCAAGCUGGAUAUCGACGAGAAGAGCAUGGCAAUACAUCCACGCAGGGUGCGAUUGAAACCAUGGUUGGUGGCCCAAGUGGACAGUGGUCUUUUCCCAGGUCUCGUUUGGCUCCACCGGGAAAAUAAACGUUUUCAAAUUCCUUGGAAACAUGCAACUCGUCACAGUCCACCUCAAGAGGAAGAAAACACUAUUUUUAAGGCAUGGGCAGUAGAAACUGGAAAGUAUCAAGAAGGGAUUGAUGAACCAGAUCCAGCCAAGUGGAAAGCGCAGCUUCGUUGUGCACUUAACAAAAGUCGGGAAUUUAACCUAAUUUAUGAUGGAACCAAGGAGGUUCCAAUGAAUCCUCUUAAAAUAUACGAAGUGUGUGAUAUCCCGCAGAGCAGUGGUACCCACAGCAAUCCAGGAUCGGUACCAUGGGAAGAAAGUCUAGAUUUGGAAGAUGAAGAUGAUGAGUUGAGCUCUUCUCAGCCUCAAGUUAAAAUGCAAGAAAGCUUUCCAUUUCCCAAUUUGAAUGCCUCUCCAAUAGCCGCAGCAAAUGUGACUAGCUGCUCUCCAAAUGAGUGGAUAAAGACUGAGCCAGAACAGGUUGAUCCGCAUUUACCAGCUGAGAUAUUCAGCACUCCAGAAACCUGGAUCAGCUCCCUGCCCAUGACAGACUUGGAGAUCCAGUUCCAAUACAGAGGCAAAGAAUUGGGACCUGUCUUAAACGUCAGCAAUCCACAAGGGUGCCGUCUCUUUUAUGGUGAUCUGGGUCCAAUGCCAAACCAAGAGGAGUUAUUUGGUCCAGUUUCCCUUGAACAAGUGAAAUUUCCUGGAACAGACCAUAUUUCAAAUGAAAAGCAACGUCUCUUCACAAACCGCCUAUUAGAUGUGAUGGACCGAGGACUAAUCCUGGAAGUGAGUGGUCAUGCCAUCUAUGCCAUCAGGCUGUGCCAGUGUAAGGUGUAUUGGUCAGGACCCUGUGCAAGUGGAAAUAAUACGCCACAUGUCAUAGAACGGCAGAAGAAAGUCAAGCUGUUUUGUUUAGAAACGUUCUUAAGUGAUCUGAUUGACCUUCAAAAAGGGCAAAGUAAUAAAGUACCGCCUUUUGAGAUUUACCUGUGCUUUGGGGAAGAGUGGCCAGAUGGCAAGCCUAAGGAAAGGAAACUAAUCAUGGUGCAGGUUGUGCCAGUUGUUGCACGGAUGAUUUAUGAGAUGUUCAAUGGUGAAUUCACACGUUCUUUUGAUAGUGGCAGCAUCAGGCUGCAGAUCUCGACCCCAGACAUUAAAGAUAAUAUUGUGACUCACCUGAAGCAACUGUACCAUCUCUUGCAAACAAACCAAGGACAUGAGCCAUGGCAAAUUCAACCUCCAAACCUGCACGUGGCACAACCUCUGCCAACCCAGUAACACACACUUUCAUCUUCACUAGCAGAAUUGUUUAAUUCAGAUGAAAAUGCCACAGAAUGUAAAAUAUUAAUUACAUUUUAAUAUAUAAUAUAUAUACAUAUGUCUGAUAAGCCUGCCAUUUUUACUGCUGGUAUAACUCAAAAGGAAAUGUGAUUGUACCUGAUUAAAUUGUUUAUUUUUAAAGAAAUUGAUCUCCAUAAAUUCUCUGCCUUCUGGUUAUAUUACCCAUUUGCCUAGUCUUAGCCUAGAGUUGCCAAAAGGAAGAAGCUGAAUUUGUUAAGCUCUGAGAUGUUUGUAGAAAUUUAAACACCAAUGCUUGCAGUGAGAUCAGUUUCUUUUUUU